AUGCCUCCCCCCCUCUCCUAUCCUGCCCUAAAGUGUGUUUUGGAGUUUUUGGACCCUGCUAGACGAAUCCACAUUGCCGCUCGCAGCCCGUCCCUUCAACGUAUCGAAAAGCCGAUCCCUCUUGUUUUCGAUUCUCACCACGUGUGUUACGCAGACGUGAUACUCAACUCAACGUUAAUUCAAUUCGGCCCAUGCGAUCAACUCCAAUUUUGUUCGAAAGGUGAAAUUCACAAAAGCUAUAAACCGGGAAGUUUAAGCGUCACAAAGGCCUUGACAAGAAUGUUAGAGAAUUAUUUUGGAGAGAGAGCUGUCAUUCGUGUGAAUAAGGCGUAUUUUGAUCAUAAAAUGGAGUAUAUUCACACAACGACUGGUUUUACUUACACAGUCAAUGAGAUCGACUCAAGAUGUCCGAAUUUUGCGCAUGUCCUUCCAUUUAUCAAUCCGGAUAGUUUUCCGUUGAAGAAACUGGCCACCUCAGUAAACGAACCCGAGCAUUUGAAUUACCCGGCUAUCCGAUUUGCAAAUGAACUCAAAAUGAGGUUCAUACAGGAUUGUGACCCUCUGCAAGUAAUUGCUAUUGAUAAGCUGUGCAACAAAAGUGUAUUCUUUGACUUCAAGAAAGAAGAACUGGUGGAUGUGAUGGCGUUGAUUAGGUAUUGGAUCGAUAAUGGAAGGGAAUUGGAGUCCACGUUCAUUUUUCCUUUUCAACGUGGAAAGGGUGCUCUCGUGGGGUUAUUCGAUGCAGAAUUCGGGGAAUUCAAGAAUACGGACAUAUCCAACAACAGAUAUUCAAUCCCAAUCAGAGGAUCAAAGUCUAUUCAUGUCACUGUUGACAAGUAUACUGGGGACACAGAUUUCAAAUCAACUGCUACUUUGAAAAUUGUCUCCUCCCUAUAA